AUGAAUCUCCUUUCCGCCCUCGCGCUAGCAGGACUCGCCACGGCGAGCGUGGUGAUCCUCCCCGGCGGCACUCCCAAGCCCCUGGUCCUCCCCGCAAAACCCGUGACGGCAACCGACUACGUGAGCAUCCUUCGCAACUCAGCCGCAUCGGAAUUCCCCAACUCGACGGUCCAGAUUAUUCUCUCUACCUACGACGGCACGUUGGAGGCGAACGGGGCCAAAACCGCCAACGCAAGCGACAUCUUCCCGUCGAGCGACUCGUUUGUCCGCGGCGCGAUCCAGGCCUGGGGCGAGCACCUGCAUCUCGAGAUUCGGCCGGACGAGGUCUGGUUCACCAUCUUGACGCAGCUCAACUUCUACAUGGAAGCCCACGCCGAGUCGGUCCGGGAUGUCUUUGUGCGGCACGCGGGGCAGGAGACCAUUCUCGUCGAGGACUUGACCUGGACGGCUGUCCUGUGGCGCUUCAAGGAGGAGAUCCAGAAGCGGGUCAAGACGCCCUGGCUUUUGGACUGGAUCGUGCCCAACUUUUCGACGACCACGGCUGACGAUGUCAUGACGGCCAAUAUCCUCAUGAUGGGGCUCAUGAAGGCCUACUUCAAGUACGAGGGCGCCAUCAUCUGUGGGCUGCCGAGUGUGACGCUCCUCGGGGAGAAGGAGGAUUGGGAGAAGCUGCUGGCGCGGCUGGGCAGACUGACCGAGUUUGGCGCGGAGCCGGACGAGUAUAGGGCGAGGCUUGAGCCGAUCCUCCGGCGGUUUGUCAGGAGCUUCGACGAGCCUGAUUCGAACGAGAUCCAGAAUUUUUGGUCCCAAAUUGUGUUUGCCGAGAGUCCCAUGAUGUGUGGAGCGGCUCCUCUUGAGCUCUCGGGCUGGAUCACGGGAUUCCUGUUCUGGAGCGUCGAAGGAGAACGGCUCAAAGAGUUUGGCAGGGGUGGGCCGACUUCCCUGGUCUUGGACAAGGUCAGCUACGGAUGGCACGACAUCCGGAAGCUCCCGGUGGGGUACGCAAAAGCGCCGUUCACGAUGCAUGACUUUGGGAACAUGGAGAGGUUCCCGGCCUACGUCGCUGCUGGGACGCUGGGCAAGCGGAUGGUGAGCGGGCCGCCCGCAGGGUAUGCCGCGGCGCUCAAGCGGGCCGGUAAAGACACGAGCCUGGCCACCAAUACCAGCGCUCAUGGCACCAUCCGGCCCCUCUCGGCAUGGAUGUUGUAUGGGCCACUCUAUCCUCCCGGCCCAGACCCGGCUCACCCGUACGACGAUGAACUGAGGCUGAUUGGAUCGAGAGCGCUGGGAAAUCUCGGGUCGCCUGUGGUUCUCUGGUCCGACGAGGCGGAGGAGUUGAAGCCGUGA